GACUGAGAGUCCCAACAGCAGAGUUACCAUAGUUUUCUGCAAGCUGCUCAGUUUCCAAACUAUGGAUAGAGAAGACAGCUAUGAUGCUUUGGAUCCUGAAAAACUAAUGCAAUGUCCAUAUGACAAAAACCACCAGAUCAGGGCUUGUAGGUUCCCCUAUCACCUUGUCAAGUGUCGUAAGAACCAUCCUGAUAUUGUGCAGCAGCUGGUCACUUGUCCAUUUAAUGCUCGUCAUCAAGUCCCCAGGGAAGAGAUCAGCCAACACAUAUCAAGCUGCGAUGACAAACGAUGCAUUGAGCAGGACAUUGCAAAUCAAGCAGAGAAUAAGAGGGAAGUGAAUGUGAUAAGUUCAUGGCAAUCUCCUCCAUGUGAAGAAGAUUGGGAUAAAGAUAUAGCAGACCAGUCAGACUCUACCUUCAUUUGGGGCACAAGCUGCUAUGCAGUGAACAGUUCAAGAUCCAGUGCAGUAAUGGGACAUAGGAGCUACCUAGCUUCAGGUCUGCGACCUCCUAGAAGCUUGCCCUAUGUUCUACCAUGGAAGAACAAUGCUGAAAAUUGAAGGCCAUGGCAGAAGCUGUUCCUUCCAUUGGCUCUCAAGUAUUCAUUAUCUACUCUCAGAAAGAUUGAAGUGCCAGCAAAGAAACUAAGACCAAACUGUUUUCCUGUUUGGGGUGGCAAAACUAAACAAUUUAGGCUCUUAACUGCGUAUGCAGCAGUUAACAAUAUAGUUGCCAACAGUGUGCUACUUAAUUGUUACUAUGCACACAGAAUUUCACUCCUAAAAGCCCAGUAAAACAAAUUAGCCUUGUAUAAAAGCAGGGAUGAAGAGUAGGAGAAAUUUCCAGACAAUGAAAAUGGUUUACUGUGUUUGAGACCCUGGAGCUUUCUAGAUGUUGCUGAAGUACAAUUCCCAGCAUUCUUUAUUGACAAUGCCGGCUGCGGCUCCAAGAAUUGGAAUCCAGCAACAUUUGGAAAGCCACAUGUUUUCCACCCCAGUUGAAUGUCUUGAUAUGAAGAGUCAGGAUUCAUUCCCUUUUCCAAGGUAGUCG